AUGAGGACAGGUGAGCGGAACAGUGUGGAGGAGCCGUCAGAGGAGCCACCAGAGGAGCCACCAGAGGAACCACCAGAGGAGCCCCCAGAGGAACCACCAGAGGAGCCACCAGAGGAACCACCAGAGGAGCCACCAGAGGAGCCACCAGAGGAACCACCAGAGGAACCACCAGAGCCACCAGAGGAGCCACCAGAGGAACCACCAGAGGAGCCACCAGAGGAGCCACCAGAGGAUCCACCAGAGGAGCCGUCAGAGGAGCCACCAGAGGAGCCACCAGAGGAUCCACCAGAGGAGCCACCAGAGGAACCACCAGAGGAACCACCAGAGGAACCACCAGAGGAGCCACCAGAGGAGCCCCCAGAGGAGCCCCCAGAGGAUCCACCAGAGGAUCCACCAGAGGAACCACGAGAGGAGCCCCCAGAGGAUCCACCAGAGGAACCACCAGAGGAGCCACCAGAGGAGCCACCAGAGGAGCCACCAGAGGAACCACCAGAGGAGCCCCCAGAGGAACCACCAGAGGAACCACCAGAGGAGCCACCAGAGGAGCCACCAGAGGAGCCCCCAGAGGAUCCACCAGAGGAACCACCAGAGGAGCCCCCAGAGGAGCCCCCAGAGGAGCCCCCAGAGGAGCCCCCAGAGGAGCCACCAGAGGAGCCACCAGAGGAGCCACCAGAGGAGCCACCAGAGGAGCCCCCAGAGGAACCACCAGAGGAGCCCCCAGAGGAUCCACCAGAGGAUCCACCAGAGGAGCCACCAGAGGAGCCCCCAGAGGAGCCCCCAGAGGAGCCACCAGAGGAGCCACCAGAGGAGCCACCAGAGGAGCCACCAGAGGAACCACCAGAGGAGCCCCCAGAGGAACCACCAGAGGAGCCCCCAGAGGAUCCACCAGAGGAACCACCAGAGGAGCCACCAGAGGAGCCACCAGAGGAACCACCAGAGGAGCCCCCAGAGGAGCCCCCAGAGGAGCCCCCAGAGGAGCCACCAGAGGAGCCACCAGAGGAGCCACCAGAGGAGCCACCAGAGGAGUCACCAGAGGAGCCCCCAGAGGAACCACCAGAGGAGCCACCAGAGGAGCCACCAGAGGAGUCACCAGAGGAGCCCCCAGAGGAACCACCAGAGGAGCCACCAGAGGAGCCACCAGAGGAGCCACCAGAGGAGUCACCAGAGGAACCACCAGAGGAGCCACCAGAGGAACCACCAGAGGAACACAAACAACAGCCAGUCUAG